CAUUUUGUAAUUAUCAUUACAUUAGAUUAUUAACGUUACACUUUAGAUAGCUAAGGAUUUUAAUUCAAGCAAUCAUUUACAGUAUUUGAUAAAUAGUAUGUAUUAUUUUUUAUGAAUUGUCCAGGCCGGUUUCUGCUUCAGACAACACGGAAGUGAAAGUAAAGUUUGGUAGUUGCUGUCCCCCACCUCGCUCGUUCGUGUCAGUGGAGUUACUUGGGCUUCUUGUUCCAGAUAUGAGCUCAUUUAACGCGCUUUUACUGCAAAUUUCCGACCAGCUGACUGCCGACCAGCUGUACAAAGUCAAGUAUUUGUAUAUGGACGUUUUGGGCAAAAGGGAUGCGGAGAAGAUCUCCCACGGAACCCAACUGUUCCAGUUUUUGGUGGAGAGAGGCGAGCUGAGCCAACAUAAAACUGACUCGUUGUCGCAACGUCUGAAACAAAUUCAACGUCAAGAUUUGUCGGACAAGUUGGACAACUUUCACACGUCUGACAGUACAAGCAGUCAGCCUUGUCCAGAGGAAAUAGCCAAACUGGACAUUGGCGUCGAUGUGAUUGCAGAGAAUCUGGGACGGAACUGGCGUAAACUAGGACGGAAACUGGGUUUGAAUGAAAAUAAAUUGGAGUCCAUCGCUCAGAGGUAUCCUUGUGAUCUGGAAGAGAUGGCGAGACAGCUACUAAAGGAAUGGAUGAAGAGUCGAGGCGCUGCAGCUAAUACAGCAGAGUUGAUAAAGGCCCUGAGAGAAUGUCAGCAAAACCUCACUGCUGAUAUACUGGAGGAAAGAAUUAAGUGCCUGUGAUGUUAAUGAAGACGUCAUGAUAAUUUAAACCAAAUCAACUAAUUGAAAUGUUUGAAAUUGUAAAUAAAUCAACAUUGUAAAAUAUA